AUGGCUCAAGCACCAAUUCCAAAAGAAGAAUCUGUUCUUGAUAUCUCUUCAGAUAUUGAUACGACUAUCACCCAACAAUCACUUGUAACACAAACAUCACCACUCUUCGAACCUAUUAUAGAUAAUCAAUCCAUUGUUCUAACAACUAUUCCACGUACAAAUUCAUUAAAAAGUGUUUCAUCUGAUGCUGAAUCAUAUCGUUCAGCAGUUUUACCACCAGCUGAUAAAAAUUUAAUACAAACUGAUUCAUCAUCAUAUGCAAGUUUUAGUGAUAGAUGUAUAUCACCUUCAACAGCUUCAUAUCAUACAGCACGUGCAGGUGAUACAUCAUCAUCAUCAUCCGUAACUGGUUAUGAAACACCUACACCACAAUUAGAUGAUGAUAAUUUAACAUUAUCUGUGCAUAGUUCACUUUCAGAUUUAAGCCAUGCUGAAACAUUAGAACCCAAUGCCGAAGAUCUCGACAUCGCUACUGUUUCAACAUCAGAACAAAAAUCUACUAUUAUUCCAUCAGUUGUCAUUGGUAUGGAGAAUUCAACAUUACCAAUAAUUACAUCUACUCCAUCAAGUGUCAACAAUUCAACGACUAUAGAAUCUCAUCCAAUUGAAAAUACAAAUUGGUAUGAUGGUAGUGAAAAAACAUUUAAUCAUCCAACAACUCCUACUAUAGAAAAUGAAUCAUCUGAAAUUCGUGAAAUUUCCAAUGAUGAAAUCUUACGUGAAAUUGAUAUUAAUGCUGUUGGUGAUGAAUUUUUCUUAUUUUCACCACGUAAUUCUACAGAUAAUGAAGCAUCAAAUUUUCUACAUCAUGAUGAUGAUAAUAAUAAUAAUAAUAGUCUACAAAUCGAACAAAUUGAAAGUCCAACACAAACAUCUAAACGUAUAUUUUCAAUGGAAGAUAAAACAUCAAAUAAUUUUCAUAUAUCAUCAUCAAAUGAUCCAUUUGGUUUUGAUGAUAAUAAUAAUAAUAUCAAUCAUUCAUCAACAAUGAUAACAAAUUUAGAUGAUAUAUCAAAUGAUGAUAAUAAUUCAAAUACAAAUUAUCGUCGUCCAAUACAAGAAGAUAUUUUAUAUGAAGUUGAACAUGAAAAUAGUUUGUCUGAUCAUAGUCAAAAUACAUCAUCAUUCAUAGCUGCUGAUGAUAAAAUAUUGAUUAAAUUUGAUGCAAAUAUUGAUUAUUUAACAACUACUGAUAGCCCUAUUAUCAAUACUAAUAUAAAAGAAAUGUCAACGACUGAAAGUGACAAACAAAUCUUAACAGCACCACCACCAAAAACAACUGAUAAUAAUGUUAUUCCAAUUUAUAUUCUACCACCUUUAUAUACAACAUCACAAUCAGAUGAACAUUCAACAUCACUUCAUAUUGAUACAAGUGAUAAUCUUGAAAAAUGGAAUACAGUUAUACAUCAUUUUUCUGAUUUAUCAAGUCCAUCAGCAUAUACAUCAAAAAUUCGUCAUAGACAUUAUUCGGUUGGAUCGUAUUAUGAUCAUAAAACAACAACAGUUACAUUACAUCCAAAUCAUUCAAUGUAUUUUCUUGGUAGUGCACCUGUUAGUCCAUUAAGUCGUACAUCGACAACAAGUAGUGAAUCACAUUAUCAUAUUCAUCAUUAUCCUAGUCCGAUAUCUUAUGAUAAUGUAUCAUUAAAUGCAUUACGACGUGUUAAUCCAUUUCUUGAUACAAAUACAUAUUCACCAUCUGUAUCAAAUUAUAAUUAUCGACGAACAACAGAAUAUCGUUCAUCAUCAUUAAAUCGAGAAGAUAAAAGUCGUACAAUUACAUAUACAUCACCAAAAAUGACAUCAAAAUCAGUUGAAAGAACAAUUCCUGUCACACAUAUGGAACCGCCAUCAGUUGUACCUCAAUCAAUUAUAUCUCCACCUUCAACACGUACAAGUUCAAUAGUAUUUCCUCAAUAUGAAGUUCCAACUAUUCAUCCUAGAACAACUCAUGAAAUUCGAAGAUCAUCACCUUCACCACCACCGCCACCACCACCUCGACCUAAUCUAUUCGAACAAGAAUCAUCAUUUAUUCGACGAACUAUUCUUCAUAAAAACCCUACAUCAUCAUCAAUUGAACAAGAACCAUCAGUCUCAUCAUCAUCAUCAUCAACACAAGUGCAUUCGAAAACAAAACGAGGACGAGUUCGUACACCAUCACCUCCAAUACGAACAAAACCAUCUGAUAAAACAUAUAAACAAAAUAUUUAUCAAGAAAUUGAUUCAACAUCAACAGAUGAUGAUCAAUUACAAACAACAUCGAAUGCUGAUUUACAAUUUAUUCGUGGUGCUAUUGAUCGAGUUUUUCAUUUUAAUGGUCAAUCAACAACAGAUACAACAAGUGAAUCAAGUACAUAUUAUGAAGAAGUUACAGAUGAUAAUCAAACGAAAUCAAAGAAAACUUCUGCACAAUAUCCCGCUGUUGAAGCUAUUCAACGUUUUUAUAAUCAUAAAAAUUCAACGGAUUCCGAUAAACGAAUAUCUGCUGAACAAGUUACAAAUCUUGAUGAUAUUACUAGUAAUAAUUCAUCAAUAUCAAAGAAAACCCAGAGUCGUUCACCACCUAUAACAGCAAGAAAAAUGGAUUAUUCAAAAACAAAAUCAUCCAAUCAAGAACGUAUGAGUUCCGAUGAAGUUGAUGAUACAUUAAAUGAUAUUGAAGAUGUUGAUUCUCAUGAUGAAAAAUUAAAACGUCAAACAUUAAAUAAUUCAAGUUCACAUUCAAGUACGGAAAAUUCACCCAUAAAUUCAUUAAAUAGUCAAAUAAAAUCAAAAGCACUAUCACAACAAACACAAACAAUACAACAACAAAAAUCAUCUCAUCCAACAAAUCGUUCAUCAGUUUCUCCAAUUGAAAUUGUAACAAAUAUGGUUAUUGAACGAGAUGAUAUCGAUGAUGAUGAUCGUAAUAAUAAUAAUAUUGAAAUUAAUCAAGUCAUGGAUGAUAUGGUUAUAUUUUAUGAUGAUAUUGAAAUUGUUGAAAAUGUAUCAAGUUCAUGUUCAUCAGAAUCGGAAUGUGAAUCAAAAUCAUGUACAACAUCAUCUUUCUCGCCAUCAUCUCAUCAUUAUUCGAAACCGGUAAAUACGAAUAUUAAUGAAGUACCACCACCACCGCCACCAAUACCAGCACGUACAUUAAAACCUACAUAUUUAAUUAAUAAUCAACAACAACCACCAUCUUCAACUCCACCACCACCACCAUUACCAACAUUAACAACAAAUCGAAGUUAUGAAUUAGAAAAAGCUUUAGUACGUAAAAAAUUUGAUGUUAAUACAGUUAAUGAUAUUAUAAAUCGUACGGAUUAUAAUAUGGAAUCAUCUGUUUCACAUCGUCAUCCAUCUGCAAGACAUUUUGUUGGUAAAUUAAAUAGUGAUGAUUCACCAUCGCAAUCUACUCUAACCAAUGGACAUAAACGAAUACCAGCAAAAGCUCCAAUAUCAACAAUACCAAUACGUUCCGCAUCAGCUCUUCCAACACAUGAAAAAAAUCGUUCAAUUAUUGCUGAUACAAAUGCUUUAGUUAAACAAAUUCAAAGUUCAUUGAGUCGAAAUUCAUUACAUGAUACACAAAUUCAUUCAAAAACUUUAUCAACAUCAAAUAAAGAUUUACGUGCAUUUGUUUCAUCAACAUAUUCACCAACGAAUGAAAAUACAAUUGAUGAUAAUGGUACUGUUCAUUUACGACCACAUACAAAUAAUGUUGAUGAACAAAUAUUUAAACGACAAGCACGUUUAUCAAAAAGUUUUCAUAAUGUUUCAGAAUAUAAUAGUACAGAUGGAUUUUCUAAACCCGAUCAAAAUUCAACAUUAAAAUCACAACCAUCAAAAUCUUUUGAAAAUAACCUUGAUCAAGUUAGUCAUAAUCAAACAAAACAAAUACAUGUACCAUUAAAUUUAACAUCAGUUGUUACAAGUACGUCAUUUUCAGCAUUAACAAAUUCCGAUGAUAAUACUAGAAUGUUGUCAAUGAAAUGGUAUACAGGACAAGUUAGUGCAAAUUCUGAAAUAUGUUAUAAUCCACAUUAUAUUGAUCCUAAUGAUCUUCUUACGGGUUAUAUAUCUACACAUAGUAAUCAAGAAAUACAAGCGUUAUUUUCUCGUCUACAAGCAUCGAAUGAUGCUCGUAUACAUGCAGCACUUGAUGAUAUACGUUCACGUGUUGCUCAAUUCGAUAUAACAAAAACUCAAGAAGAUUUACAUACAUUUAUGCGAUAUCUUGAAUCACGUAUACGUGAUUUAAGUAAUAAAAAGACAUUGAAUAAAUCAAUACUAAAUGACGUAGUUAUCAAUGGUCAACAGCAACAAUCAGAUAAUGUAUCGAUAAAAAGUCGAGGAAGUUCCAUAACGCCAGGUGCUAUGAAAGAUGUUCCAUCAUCGAGACAACUUGGUCGACAACAGAUUCGAUCAUCUGUUAGUAACGGAGGAGUAGGAAUGAAUGGUCAUUCAACAACUCCUCCUCGACAAUCAAGUCAAACAAGUUCCAAUCAAGAAAAUCCAGCAGUUUUCGAUGAAAUGUUGAAUACUGUAUUAGGUCUUCCAAAAAAAGGAGUAGCAGUAUUACCUCAAACAUUUCCUUAUAAUAAACGAGACAAAUCAACUCCUUUAAAUCAAACAUCUAUGACUACUAAUACAACAAUAACUAAUAAAACUGGGCGUGAUGUAGGCAAACGUUUAUUUGAAAGUGGAACCUAUAAAGAUCCACGUUUAAUUUAUGAUGGAUCGCAAAGAAAAGAGAAAGAGGAACAACCUCUUGAAACAUCCGUGUGA